AACACACUAACCAUAAAAUCCACUUGAACUUUCCGACUGAUAUGUAACAGCAAGAUUCAGAUUACUAGGACCAGAGUUGUUAUUAUUUGCCAUAUUUUUGGGUCGGCUUUAAACCACGACCACAGGACAUAGUACGACUUUGUUUCUUCUUUCAUUUAUUUUCACUGAGAAUGAGGCGAACCUGACUUGGGAGGGGAAAAGGCGGAUACACUCAUUGUAAGAAAAGUAAGUCAGAGCCUCUUUAAUAGCGAGAUAUUAAUGAAAUCCUCUCAGCUGCAGCGCAAGCAAAGGACCAGCAGCAGAAGCAGCGGCAGUAGAGCCGCCCAACAUUUAGUGCCCCAUUGCCUGCCUGCACACAGUGAAGAGAGAAGAGGAUGUUAUCUCAUUUGAGUGAGCAGAUAUGGGCCGACUGGAUUUGGUUCCCUGAAGGCCACGGAUGGGAUGACUUAAAGGAUCGUGAUGGAAAAGUCUUCCCUAAAAUUCAAGACCUGUGGGCCUCUUUACCCAUUGCUCUCUGCUUCUUACUCAUAAGACCCAUCUUUGAGCGGACGGUAGCGAUUCCUUUGGCUUCUCUGCUGGGAGUGAGAGACAAACAGCGCCUUUGUGCUCCUUCAAAUCCCAUCCUGGAGUCCCAUUUCUGCAGCACGUCAAAGCAUCCUUCACAGAACUUUAUAGAGAAUUUAAGUAAGCAGACGGGUUGCUCAGUACGACAGGUGCAGAGGUGGUUCAGGCAGCGAAGAAACCAGGACCGGCCAAGCAAGCUCAAAAAGUUCAGGGAAGCAAGUUGGAGAUUUACCUUUUACCUUCUUGCUUUCUUUGCUGGCCUGGCAGUCCUUGUUGAUAAACCAUGGUUCUAUGAUGUGAAGCAGGUGUGGGAAGACUUUCCAAAAAUGCCACUGCUGCCCUCACAGUACUGGUACUACAUUAUCGAGCUGGGCUUCUAUGUCUCUUUGGUUUUUAGCGUAGCAUCAGAUGUCAAACGUAAGGAUUUCAAAGAGCAGAUCGUGCACCAUGUGGCCACCAUUGUCCUCAUCAGUUUCUCCUGGAUGGUCAACUACAUCCGGGCUGGGACUUUGACUCUGGUGUUGCAUGAUGCCUCUGACUAUCUAAUGGAGUCAGCCAAAAUGUUCAACUAUGCAGGCUGGAGAAGAACGUGCAACUUCAUCUUUGUGGUGUUUGCUGCAGUUUUCAUCAUCACCCGCCUUGUGAUCUUCCCCUUCUGGAUCAUACAUACAACAGCGAUCUACCCACUGUCUGAGUACAACCCCUUCUUUGGCUUCUACUUCUUCAACGGCCUGAUGUUUGUGCUGCAGUUUCUGCAUAUCUUCUGGGCAGGGCUCAUCUUGCGGAUGGUUGUCAAAUUCCUGCCAGGCAAUGACAUUGUGGAGGAUGAGCGGAGCGAUAAGGAGGAAACGGAGUCUGAUGAUGAAGAGGAUGAUCGCACGUGCAUUGAAAAGUCCAAAAAUGGCCAUGUGCAGAAUGGCCACGCGCUCCUAAACAACAACCACAAUAAGAUGGACUGAUGGGGCAGCGAGGGUGUAUGAGGGGCAAUGACGGGCCCUCGUCUGGAAGCCAAAGAAUGGGAGCAUGGCAUGUUGAAAGGGGUGGCUGGCAGCACAGACUCAGAUUUACACUCAUAUCAAAUCUUCCAUUUCAGAAGUCCUGUGCGGGGUGGGUUGUUAACUUUUUGUGGAUUACACUAAGUUAAAUAAGAGAAGAGGGUCAGAUGAAAAGCUGCAAACGUGUCUCUCUUCUUAUCUCUUUGUUCACGCCUGCAGCUUUUCUUUCUUUUGCUUUCCGCUCAGAUUUUGUGCUGUCGACCAAGCUGCCAGUCAAACCUCCCUGCUUGUAGCUUUGUUUUAUUACCAGAAGCGUUUCAGAAGAUUCUGCAAUUGGGAUGAGUUGAUCAUCCCCCUUGCAGUCGGCUAACACUUUUGAGUAUUAAUUAUACCUUAAACGUGACCUAAUUUUGCUCUACAUAGCCACCCUGGCACUAGGGUGAAUGUGGCAGUGAUUUUCUAUGGACCAUAAAUCUGUUACCUGUAGUCCAGAGUUUCAUUCAGUAAUGAGCCUGCCCAAGUAUCGCAACUACCAGUUUUUGUUACUUUGGCUCUUGCCAAUGAAGCUUACAGUGAGGUGUACAACAAAAUAAUCGGUUAUCAUUUUUAGCAGCAUGAAAGAAGGUGCUACUACAUCUGCAUGUGCACUAAAUCGUGCCUUUGUGGAAGUUUGUCUUAAAACUGUAUUCUGGAAAGAGAUCAUUUUAAAUGUUUAAUGUCUUUUAGUUGUGUAAUUUUUAUUUUGCUUUAUGUUUUAUUUGUUUUUCACUCCAGUUCAUGGUUUAAAUUUGGGAGCAAUUUGAGUAUUAAGCGAACCAAUGAGUAAUUGUAAUUUCUUUGUGGACUGGAAGCAUUCAGUGUUGUUUUUUUCCCCAUCCAAGAUGCACUUUAUGGUUCUUCCAUAGUUUAGUGUCAUUAAAAAAUCUUGUAACAAACUGAGCUAGUAGGUUCAAUUCAAACAGAAAUGUGAUUUUUCUUAUUAGUUUAAAAAAAAUUCUGAGUAUAAUUUCAGUUUGUUUGAUAUUUAUUCUCAUUGAUUCCCUCAGUGGCAAAGAUUUAGUUAGUAUUUCUAUUUUCUUUUAUUUCUUUGGGGGGGGUAUUUUUGUUAAGUCAUUAAAAGAAAUCUUCAGCAAAGAGGUAAAAAUUGAAAUGCCAAAGCAUGGUUUACAUUUUUUAUCUUGUGAUUUUUCAAGUGCCUUCUUCAUUUCAAAUAUUGUUAAAAAGAAAAGAAGUUUGUUUCUGUGCCCGUUGUGUUCUAACAUUUACGGUAAUUUUCCUGAGUGCCUCCUUCAAGCCCGUGCAGCUCCUUCUAAAAAGCUUUGCAUCUGCUGAUGUUUUUAACUUGCAGCCUGUGUUGCUAAGCUGUAAAUUUUGGAAUUAAUGAUAAAAGAUAAUUGUGGAUAACUA